AUGGAGGCGGGCAGUGCCGUGGGGGCGCGAUCCACUUGGGCACCAGCCGUCCGGAACCGAGACCGAGGCCAAGACCGCGCCUUGCCCCGUCGCCGGGUCCGCUGCCGCGCCGCCGCCAUGCCGCCGUCAGUCCGCACGGUCUCCAUCCCCUUCGCCGACCUCAAGGAGCGGGGCAGGGACCUGAGCGGCAAGAUCGAGGAGGGGCUCGGCCCCAACGGGCUCGGCAUCAUCUCCAUUUCCGACGUGCCGGAUUUCCCAGCUCUGAGGAGAACGCUCCUGCGCUUGGCGCCGAGAGUCGCAAACCUCCCUGAAGAUGUGAAGAAACAACUUGAAGACCCGGAUAGCAGGUAUAAUUUUGGCUGGAGCCAUGGGAAAGAGAAACUUGAAUCUGGGAAACUAGACACAUUCAAAGGCUCCUAUUAUGCCAACCCAAUUUUGGAUGUCCCUACUACUGAUGAUGUCCUUGUAAGUAGGUACCCAUCAUACUGCCGACCAAAUAUAUGGCCAGCUGAUCAUCUUCCUGAGCUUGAAAUAGCCUUUAAAGCUCUUGGAAAGCUAAUGUUGGAAGUUGGCUUGAUGUUGGCUCGUCAUUGUGAUCUCUAUGUGAUGCAGCACGGAGUGGGACCAUAUGAUGGUGAAAGUCUUGAGCAGACAAUUUCCCGUUCAAGGUGUCACAAGGGGCGUCUGCUGUACUAUUUCCCCAGACAAUUCAGCACACAAAAAGAAGGUGGUGAUUCUGUUUCAUCGUGGUGUGGAUGGCAUACUGACCAUGGGUCUUUAACAGGACUUACAUGUGGCCUGUUUAUGAAAAAUUCAGUGGAGGUCCCCUGUCCUGAUAGUGCAGCUGGGCUGUACAUCCGGACUCGUGAUAACCGAGUUGUUAAGGUUACAUUUGGGGAGGAUGAAUUAGCUUACCAAAUUGGGGAAACUACUGAAAUACUAUCAAGAGGUCGUCUAUGUGCAACUCCACACUGUGUGCAGGCACCCAGCAGUGAGAAUGCUUCAAAUGUUGAGCGCUCUACUUUUGCAAUGUUCAUGCAACCAGAUUGGAAUGAGACGCUGAAGUUUCCAAGUGAAAUUCCCUAUCACCAAGAGUUGAUUCCACCAAACGGAGCGCUUACGUUUGGAGAGUACUCAGAGAGACUGGUGAACAAGUAUUACCAGGGGAAGACGUGA